AUGGAACCCUCCGGUCUGGUCAAGUUGCUGGUCCCGCAGAUCCCCUCGCUAUCUUAUACAGCGCUCCAGCAUACGUUUGGUGCCACGCCCACAUCUUCGAAAUGGGAUCUCCGGACGACUUUGACGGUGCAAGUGCUGCGGCAGAUAAUGGGUUCUGGGGAUGCGGGCAAGGAUGGUGGUGGGAGGAAGAUUCCGCAGGUUGGAAAGGUUCAGAAGAGGACGUUGAUGGAACCUGGUGUGAAGGGGAAGAUGUGGAUUGUCAAUGCCAAAAUGGAUGCUAGUGGCGCUGAGAGUGUGGAAGAGGUGGUUUGUAAAGCUGUGGAUGACAUGAAGGAAGGGGAGGUGCAGUACACGAAGCCUGGGGUUGAGGAUGUUGAGGUUGAGUGGACGGGGUAUAGACCCAAUGCUGCAAAGGAUGAACCGAUGCCGGAUAUCAGUGAAGAAGAGAAGUAUCAGCGCAUGCUGGCCGAGCCUUCGAGGAGCAGCGAGGUGGUAUGGCUAUAUUUCCACGGCGGAGCAUAUUACCUCUGCGACCCGAGAACCCAUCGCGCUCUGACUAGCACCCUCGCCAAAGAAAGCAACGGAGUCGUCUGUUCCGUCCGCUACCGUCUCGCACCACAAACUGCCUUCCCAGGUCAACUCGUCGACGCCCUCCUGGUCUACCUUUCGCUCCUCUACCCACCCCCAGGCUCCGUCCACCAAGCCAUCCCACCCGAGAACAUCGUCUUCGCGGGCGACAGCGCGGGCGGAAACCUCUCCUUUGCCCUCCUCCAACUCCUCCUCCAACUCCACCGCUCCAGCACCGGCGUUCCCCUCGUCAACUUCCACGGCCGAGACGUCUAUCUCCCCCUCCCAGCAGGCGCAACAGCCAACAGCGGCUGGUUCGACAUCUCCCGCUCCAUGCCUUCCAUCACAUCGAAUUCCAAAUGGGAUUACCUCCCACCUCCCAAUCACGCAGACGCAGUUUCCAAGUUCCCCAAAGAUGAUGUCUGGCCCACCGACCCGCCCAGAGGAGAUCUCUUCUGUGAUCUGAGUCUCCUGGACCACCCGCUCGCUUCUCCCGUGUUGGCGGAGAAAUGGGAGCAUUCGUGUCCCAUGUGGAUGUGCGUGGGCGAGGAAAUGCUCAUGGACGAGGAUCUCAUCGUGGCCAAACGCGCCGCCAGCCAGAACGUCAACGUCACCCUCGAGCGAUACGAGGCGAUGCCGCAUUGCUUCCAACUCAUCUUCCCCCACUUGUCCACCGCGGAGAAAUGCGUACGGAAUUGGGGGACUUGGGGCAGGAAAGUUGUGGAAGAGCCGAGAGCUUUGCAGGCGAAGGGUGUUUUUGUGCCGGCGAAAGAAGGAGAAGAAACGGAAUUUGACGUUGCUCAGAUUGAGGCGGUGGGGUUUGAAGAGGCCGGGAGGUUGGUCAGGGAAGCGAAAGCGAAGAGGUUGAUGGGGUGGGAGAAAGAGGGCAAAGGCAUGCCUAAACCCGCGCUCUGA